CGUCCCUUCUCCUCUUUCCUCCACUUCAAAAAUCACGCAUUCCCUCUUUCUCUUCCCGUUUAUCUCUCUCCCCUUCUUUCUCAGAUCAGAAAACAUUCCCCAUCUUGCUUAUUCAUCCAUAUCUCUCGCCGUUCCCGUUUACCAUCGACCUCUCUGUUUCUAAUCCCCUUUUCUCAUCAGUGUUUCCGUCAUGGGUUUUAAUGCCGGUUUUUAUGAAGAUAUGCACGUAAAGUUCCCUUUGCCUUUUGCUUCUCGUUGACGUGCAGUGAUACGAAGAGGGGUUUUAUUGAGAUUGAAAGUGAGAGAAGGAGAAGCCGAAGGGAAAAGGAAAGCAAAAGGAAGAUGGCGAUUCGGGUCGUGAAAGUGAGGAGAGAAGCGAUUGCGGCAUGCAUGACUUGUCCUCUUUGCAAUAAGCUUCUCAGAGACGCCACCACCAUAUCUGAAUGCCUUCAUACGUUUUGCAGAAAGUGCAUCUAUGGUAAGAUAGAAGAUGAAGAACUAGAGUGUUGUCCGAUAUGCAACAUCGAUUUGGGUUGCGUUCCUCUAGAGAAAUUAAGACCAGACCAUAAUUUGCAAGAUGUGAGGUCCAAAAUCUUUCCUCUUAAAAGAAGAAAAGUGAAGGCACCUGAAGUUCUAUCCCCUGUUACAAUGCCUACUAGAAGAAAAGAGAGAUCACUCUCUUCUUUGGUGGUUAAUGCCCCCAAAGUAUCAACAGAAACUACCAUGACUGGAAGGAGGACAAAAUCUGUUGCCAGAAAGGCCAGUGCUUUGCGAGGUUCCAGUUUUUCGGUGGAUAGGCUUCUUAAAAGAGAGGAAGACUCUCUGGAGGAUCACCAGGAGAGUUCAAGCUCACCUGAAACACUAAAUAAAUUCACGCAAAAUAAAAGACAGUGUACUUCUUCUGCUGAACCUACCCAACACAUAAAUAAAGAUGCCGAGAAUGGUGAUGAAUCGUGGGAUGGGAAAUUGGAUCUCUGGAAACCUUUGAAUUGUUUGGUGGAGGUUGCAAAUAGGACCAAGGCCUUCAAGUCUAAUUCACAAGGUUCUGAUUCUAAAUUAGAACCUAACCAUGUUGCUAUCGCUGAAGCUCAAAUAGGCAAAAGAAAAAAUAAGGAAGAUAAAUGCAAAUCAAAAGUGGAGGAUGAAAAGAAUAUUGCUGGUCCUGUAGUGCCAGAAUCUGUAACUCCUAAAAGGUUACGAAGGAUCCGUCGGAAGAGGGCUUCUGGAUUUGGGGAUUAUGGAAUUUCUCUGCAAGCUGUGCUAAAUGCAGCUGGUCCAAAGCAUGAAAGAAGAAUUGGUCCUGUUUGGCUCUCUUUAGUGGCUUCCGAAGACCAGGAAGGAGGUGUAUCCCUACCUCAGUUUCCUGCAAAUUACCUAAGGAUAAAGGAUGGAAAUAUGCCUGUGUCUUUUAUUCAAAAAUACCUCACGAAGAAAUUGGACCUCACCAAUGAAGCUGAGGUUGAGAUUAAAUGCAUGGGACAACCUGUACUUCCCACACUGCAGUUGUAUAAUUUAGUCGACCUGUGGCAACAAACAGCAUCGACAUCACAGCGGGUUGCAGCAUCCGUUGGGUCCAGUGCAAAGGAUUUUGUGAUGGUAUUGGCAUAUGCUCGGAAAGUCCCAGCUCAAUGAUAAUUCAUUCUUUCGCCCACCACAUCAAUCUUAAAGCAUAUAUUAUCCUUAUUAAAACCUUAACCGGCAAUAGAGUAGGACAUUUUGAUACAUGACAUGUAAUUCUAUGGAAGUCGUACGUUGAGUGAGUUGUUUUUUAGUAUUCCAUGAAAGGUAUACGGUGAGUGAGUUGUUCUUUAUACAGUUGUUUAUUUUUCACUCUGCUUACAAGCAUAGAGCUCUGUUUGCGGGCAAGCAAUGGAGUAAACUACCCUAACCGUA